AUGCAUUUGAAGCAUUUGAGAGAAUCAAACACCCCCUUAAUUGACAUUGAUUCCCUUCGAUCUUCCAUGGUUGAACGAUAUCGUAAUUUCCUUUUCAUUUCGAUAAUUCCACGCCUUAUCUAUCAAAACACAAACACUAUACUGUACAAAGGAGCCAUGCCUACGGCUAUGGCGAUGAUGGCGUCGCAGUUGCGGUGGGGGUGGAGACCGCCGCCGAAGGAACAACGGCGUCGUAUGGCUCCUGUGGUGUGUUCCGUGGCUACGGAGAACGCGCAGAAAAAAGAGAGAGCGAAACUGAAGAAGCUCUUCGAAGAAGCGUACGAGAGGUGCCGCACUGCUCCCACCGAAGGCGUCUCCUUCACUCUCCAACAAUUCACUGACGCUCUGGACAAGUACGACUACGAAUCCGAAGUUGGCUCUAAGGCACGCUUCCUUCCCUUUACCCUCCUAAAAUUUGGCAGAGACCCUAAAUAUCUAGUUAAGGGCACUGUUUUUGCCACAGAUGCUAGUGGAGCUUAUGUUGACAUUACUGCAAAGUCCACAGCUUACUUGCCCCUACAAGAGGCUUGCAUCCAAAAAAUUAAGAAAGUGGAAGAAGCAGGUAUAGUUCCUGGCUUAAGGGAGGAAUUUAUGAUCAUUGGUGAUAAUGGAACGGAUGAUACCUUGAUCCUGAGUUUGAGGUCUAUCCAAUAUGACCUUGCAUGGGAACGCUGUAGACAACUUCAGUCCGAAGAUGCUGUUGUCAAGGGUAAGGUUGUCAAUGCAAACAAAGGUGGUCUGGUGGCUCAAGUCGAAGGCCUUAAGGGGUUUGUUCCAUUUUCACAGAUAUCAACGAAAUCAACUGGAGAAGAGCUUCUUGAGCAGGAGAUUCCUUUUAAGUUUGUGGAGGUGGAUGAGGAACAGUCUAGACUUGUCCUCAGUCACCGCAAAGCUGUGGCUGAGAGCCAAGGACAGUUGGGAAUUGGAUCAGUUGUCACUGGCUCUGUUCAAAGCAUAAAGCCAUACGGUGCCUUCGUUGACAUUGGUGGAAUUAGUGGCCUCCUUCAUGUCAGUCAGAUCAGUCAUGACCGUAUAACUGAUAUUGCAACUGUUCUUCAACCUGGUGAUAUUCUGAAGGUGAUGAUCUUAAGUCAUGAUCGGGAGAGAGGACGAGUAAGUCUUUCCACAAAGAAGUUGGAACCCUCACCUGGUGACAUGAUUCGCAAUCCCAAGCUUGUCUUUGAGAAGGCGGAGGAGAUGGCUCAGACAUUUAGACAGAGAAUCGCUCAAGCAGAAGCUAUGGCUCGUGCUGAUAUGCUUAGGUUCCAGCCGGAGAGUGGAUUAACUCUCAGCGGUGAUGCAAUCUUAGGACCACUUUCUUCAGACUUACCUCCAGAGGGAGUGGAUCUGAGUGAGGUACCCCCAGCUGAAGAUUCAUGA